AUGGCUAAGAAAAAAGGCGACGAAAAAGUGAACCAUGCCCCUCAAAGUGAUAAUGAAGAACCGAAUUAUGACGAGGAGCCUGAUUUUGACGAUCCCGAGGGUUUCGUUGACGAUAUUCCUGACGAAGAGUUGUUGGCCGAUCUCUUAGAACAGAAACCUAAGGAAUCCGAUAGUUAUGAAAAUGUAAUCGUAGUCGACGGAUGCCCGCAAGUCGGGCCUGAACGAUUAGAGAAAUUGCAAAGUGUCAUAAACAAGAUUUUUAGUAAAUUUGGAAAGAUCGUCAACGAAUAUUAUCCAACCCAGGAGAAUGGAGUCACGACUGGCUACAUUUUCUUGGAGUACAGUAAUCCUCAAAAUGCCGCCGAAGCUGUAAAGGCCACAAACAACUGUAAAUUAGAUAAACAACAUACAUUUUUAGUGAAUCUAUUCACUGAUUUUAAAAAGUAUUCAGAUAUCCCUAAAGAAUGGGAACCACCUGCACCACAGCCAUUCAAGGUUCAAUCAGACUUACAAUGGUAUCUGAUGGACCCUGAUGCAUAUGACCAGUUCUUAAUUGGUAUUGGAACUGGUGUAGCGCUACAGGUUUGGCAGAAUACCUUGCCAGAGCCUAUGCUGCUUCAAGAGAGACCUAACUGGACUGAAACCUAUGCAGCAUGGUCACCUCUCGGCACCUAUCUUGCCACGUUCCAUUGGCGGGGCGUGGCGCUCUGGGCGGGCCCCAAAUUCUCCCAAUUCCAGAAGUUCUUCCAUCCGGAGGCUCGCUUCAUUGCCUUUUCACCAUGUGAAAACUAUAUUGUUACAUUUUCACCCACUGGUGAUAGGGGUGAAGAUAAGAAGCUAAUUAUUUGGGAUAUCAGAACAGGUCAAGAAAAGCGCAGUUUCCCUCCACCAGAUGAAUACGUCACGUGGCCGGUGUUCCGUUGGAGUAAGGACGAUAAGUAUUUCGCUCGAUUAGGGGCUGAUAUGCUUUCUGUCUACGAAACUCCUAGCUUCGGUCUACUUGACAAGAAGUCUAUCAAAAUCCCUGGUAUCAGAGACUUCAGUUGGUCACCCACAGAUAACAUUCUAGCAUAUUGGGUGGCUGAAGACAAAGACGUGCCAGCAAGAGUAACACUUCUAGAGUUACCGAACCGCACAGAAAUUCGCUCUAAGAAUCUGUUUUCUGUUGCCGACUGUAAGAUACAUUGGCAGAAGAGUGGCGACUAUCUAUGCGUAAAAGUAGACCGUUAUUCUAAAGUAAAGAAAGACAAAAAUGAAAUCAAGUACUCUGGCAUGUAUUAUAACUUUGAAAUAUUCCACAUGAGAGAAAAAGAGAUUCCGGUUGACUCUGUAGAAAUUAAGGAGCCUAUCCAAGCCUUCGCAUGGGAACCAGUUGGAUCUAAAUUUGCCAUUAUUCAUGGAGAUACCGCAAAUAUGUGUAUUAGUUUCUACCAAGUGAACACUGGUCAGGCGCCUACGCUGUUGAGGAAGUUCGAGCGGCAAACAUUCAACCACCUGUUCUGGUCACCAUCCGGGCAGUUCAUCGUUGUAGCCAACCUUGGUCUAACUGGCGGUGCUUUGGAGUUUUUGGACACAAAUGACUUCACUAUCAUGAAUGUCUCGGAUCACUACCAGAUGUCGGGCAUUGAAUGGGACCCGACUGGUCGGUUCGUAGUGACUGGGGUUUCUUCGCUCAAGAGCAAGAUUGAUACUGGUUACUACAUCUGGUCAUUCCAAGGGAAAAUUAUCAGGAGGGUAAUGAAGGAGAACUUCGCCCAGUUCAACUGGCGGCCACGGCCCCCCACGUUGCUCUCGGAGAAGCAGCAGAAGGACAUCAAGAAGAACCUCAAGAAAUAUUACUCACAAUUCGAAUCAAAGGAUCGUAUGCGCAGUAGCAAAGCUAGCAAGGAAUUGGUGGCGAAGCGUACUGAACAAAUGAAGAAGUACAUCGAAUAUCGUGAGCUGAAGCAGCAAGAGUGGAACGAGCAAAAGCCGCGUAGGCUCGAGCUCAGAAAUUAUGUGGACACUGAUGGUCUCGAGACCGACUCAGUGAAUUCGGUGGAAGAGGUGGUAGAAUUUUUCGUGAAAGAAGAACAAACGGUCAUCGAGUAG